UACAAUUUCAAGCCAAGAACAAUGGCAGUCGGAGGCGGGAGUGCCGACGGGUCCACCGAAGCACGCGAGACGAAGCCGCGGUUCCUCGCAGACCCAGACGAAGCUACGUACUGGCAGCGUGUCAAGAAGACAUGGGAGAUGCUGGACUUUCGCACGGCAUUUGCCACCGCCGCCGACGUGCAAGCGGCCAAGUCCGUCGUGUGGAGUGCGAAGAAUGGAGCACCGAUUGCCGACGAGACGCAGUACCAAGCAGCGUUGCAUCUCACGCGUGCCGUGCUGCAUCCCGACACUGGUUGUUGCAAUACAUCCAUCCAUCCUAUUAUAGGUCUCAUGUCCAAUGCUUCAGGCGACACGGUGUUGUUCCCCUUGCGGGUGUCCAUGAUCGUUCCGAUGAACUUGGGGCUGGACUGCGGCAUGAUUCUGGCCUCCACCACGCGCUCCACGAUCUUUUGGCAAUGGCUCAACCAAACUUACAAUGCGUUGCACUACUACGCCAACCGCAACGCCACCAACGAAGACACGAGUAACCAGCGCAUUGCCGCAUAUGUUGGGGCCACGGCCAGCUCUGUCGCUGCAUCGUUGAGCGUCCGCCGAUGGGCAAAGACCCAUAGCAACCCCAUGAUGCUUCGACUAGCCCCAUUUGCCGCCGUGGCCGCCGCGGACAUACUCAACCUGGUCGUAAUGCGCCAGUCCGAGUUCCGCAGAGGAGUCAACAUCUACGACGAGCAAGGGGAAUGGGUCGGACUGAGCAAACUGUGCGGGGUUUAUGCUGUCUCAUCGUGCAUUGGCGGCCGGAUCUUGGCGGCGGCGCCCAUUCUCAUGGGUCCGCCGUUGAUCAUGCAGCUUCUAGAGGCCCGCACGACGCUCUUCCACGGACAUCGACGGCGAUUCCGCGUGCCUGCGACACUGUUUCUCGUGGGGCUGCUCAUCCAAACGUCCGUGCCGCUCACGUUUGGAUUGUUUCGGCAAUCUGCCCAAGUGGAUACACAAUACAUUGAAACGGAGUUUCAAGGGCGAGUCCACGCCAACGGCCACUUGAUGAGAACUGUCACGUACAACAAAGGCAUUUAAUAAAAACGACAAGAAUCGAUGGCCUGAGCAGUUG